AUGUCCAGUUCCAGUUCCAGUACAAGAAAUUACGGUUCUCUUAGGCACGGUAGUGGUCCCCUUGCUGGAUAUGCACGUUCCACAUCUCGAUCGGGAGGUCUGGCUGAUAUUUAUCUCCAAAAUGCCACUCGGGGAUCUAACGCUUCCAAACCUAGUAAUGGAAGCUACAAUACUAUCCCUACUCGAACAAAUGAGGUUAAGAAUCGUUUCGAAAAUGGACCUACAAGUAAAAAAGCAGAUGACAUUAACAUCUCCCCUCCUGAAGAAAAACCUCGCAUUAACAUCGGAGGUAGAUAUCUUCAAAGAAUGAAUUCCAAAGAAGCUAAUGAAACUAACAUUACUCCAACAAGAGGCUCAUGGAGGGAAUCUGUAUAUGGUGUCCAAUAUUCUCCCAAAGAACCCACUUCCCCAGCCCCAAAAACCCCCAUGACCGAAACAGAACGACGGAAACUUGAGCGAGAGAGGCAACUCAUGAUGGACAAGCUUCAUCAACAAAGUUUAGAAGAGGAAAGGGAAGAAAGGCGUCUUCGAUUAGCACUCAGGAAGGCCACUUUAGAAAAAGAUGAGGCAAAGAUCGCGGAAGUUGAUUCGGAAAUUCGACGACUUCAAAUACGACGCGAGGAGUUGAAGAAAAGGGAAUUAGAUCUGAGUGCAAAACGACCCUUACCUCGACAGUCCUCCUUUAAAGCACGAGAAGUGACACAAAAGGAGGUUUCUGUGACGCAAAAGAAAGAGCCAACUCCACAACUCACUCCAGAUAUUGCACAAACUGCGUUAAAUUUCACUGAUUUUGAUGAAUAUUUAAAGAAGUAUCUAAAAGGCGACAAGGAUAAACGGGCGUCUAUAUAUUCUUACCUACCUGACAGCGACAUGGAAGAUCCGGGUGGAGAAAUGUCAAUCGUUUAUAAAACAAGGAAAGCUAAGCAGCUCUUUAGUGAAAUGCCCACAGAAUUACAGCAUCUAGUUGUCAGAGCACACAAGCGGCCAGUUCGAUUUGCGGCCAUUAUGGACCUAUGCAGGACGGAUAAAUUUGGGAAAGAGUUUUCCAUCGAAAGUGAGCGUAAUUUCAAGGGAUAUAAUGAUGUCGUUUCGAUGAUUACAGACUUUGGAUUUGAUAUGAAUAAGCUGGAAAAUUGCGUCUUACAAGUUUAUCGUUUUGGGGCGGAACAAAACUACUUUGGAACGUAUUUGGAUAUGGAUUCAACGCUGCAAGAGCAAUGGGAAGAAAUCAAAAACACAUCAGAGGAUGGUGAAUCAAUCGCAAUUGUUCUCCGAACUAAAUCUAUUGUUCGCGUACAAGCAAUAAUAAAUCGUUUAUAUUCCGCUAAGGGCCAGGAAUUGCGAAGAGCCUUGUUUUCCUUGAAGCAAAUAUUCAUGAAUGACAAGGAUCUGGUUCACGAAUUUGUUACUCACUCCGGAUUGACCUGUCUCGUGACCGUUGGAUCUCAAUCUGAGCACACUCACCAGAACUACAUUCUUCGAGCCUUGGGCCAACUCAUCCUUUACGUGGAUGGAAUGAAUGGUGUAAGUGAACAUCCAGACACAAUUCGGUGGUUAUAUUCUCUCCUCUCCUGCAAGUUCUCAUUAGUCAAGAAGACUGCGCUACACCUACUGUCUGUAUUUGUGGGAUAUGCUGACACAAAUGCAAACAUUUUUGUACAAACUGUCGACGAUUUCCACAAAUCUGCGAAGAGCAAUGGAAAGCCUUGGUCUUACCUGAUUGAUCUACUUCAAAAUGAGUCAGGAGAUUUGGAAUUCAGCCGAUUGACAAUGCUUCUGAUCAACAAAGUAUUAGCAGCUGUUCCGGAUCAAGAAACGUUUUAUGAUAUCACCGACUGUUUGGAAGUCCAGGGAAUGCAGGAGAUUUCAGAUAAGCUCCUUAAGGAUCCUAACACAGACCCCGUACUCGUGGAACAACUCAGAAUCUAUGAGGCGAGUCUUAUUUUCGAAGACGGAGGAACGAAGAGCCAGGUGAAUUUGGGCGAAAAGUCCUUGGACACCAUUCGCCAAACUCCACGGCCAAGUCGAGCGGAACUCGCUGGCACACCUGUGGAAUUAGUUAAUGGAGAGCCCGUUCGUAAACGACGAUCCAGACGCUUUUUCGCUGAGGAAAGUGGAGCCACUGUAAAUGGAUCAGACGAGCGUAAACCUCAUGCCAGAAGAAUAACAGAUGGAAUUAUUGCAGAUUCAAGAAGACAUACCGCGGAACUGCAACGACAAACUGUUCGAGAACUAUACGAAAAUCUCAUUGUCGAUGAAAGCAUCGUUGAGGAAGAGGUAUCAGACGAAAUUGCCAACGUGUCUCGAGAAAAUGGAGACCAAAAAGAUGACGGAGGUGAUAGUGACAUAGAUGAUAAGCCACCUCAAAGAAUUGUCUCAUUUUCUGAUGAUCAAAUAAGCCCAGAUAAUGGAAGUGGUGUUAAGAGCAAUGGUGAACAUGGAGAAGCAAGAACUGAUGAAUUGAAAAAUUAUCAGAAUGGGCUUAAUCACAGAAAUCACGCUGGAGAACUAAUUAACUAUUCUCAACAAGCUUCCUCAACACUAAACGACUUGGUUCACAAAUUUGAAGAAGGUUCAAAAGACACCGCGAAAUCGGAGACGGCAAAUGAUUCCUCGAAAACGUCUACCAUCAAACCCGGAUCAGUUUCUGCAACUAAAGAAAAGUUGGCCGCCACUAUCGGGCGACUAGGUAUGCCACCAGGAAGUUCUUCAGGUGAUAACGCAACUCCCAAAAAGGUUGAAGAGGCAAAACCAGAGCCUCCAAAGUUGAAGGACGUUGAUUACUUUUGGAUAGAACACGAGAAGAAGGUGACCACCCGUCCACUUCGAGUGAAAGAUCGUGAAUUUGACGAUUUGGACAAUUCGGAGGAUGAGUCGAAUGGACCUAGUGGUCCUGGUGCUGUCCCAGCGAUGAAUGGUGGAGUUCCACCUCCACCUCCACCGCCUCCCCCUCCACCUGGAGGACCCCUCGGACCCCCACCACCUCCUCCGCCACCUCCCCCCUGUGGACCAGGCGGUAUUCCUCCCCCUCCCCCACCUUUCGGGAAGUCGGCAUCUUCAAACAGUCCUCUGAAAAAUCUUCCUCCCCCUCCCGGAGCGCGAAUCCAAAAGCAGAACCGUACUGUUCGUCUUCAUUGGACAGAAUGGGUUCCGAAACCUCGUGACAUUGAAGCCCUCGAAAAGGCCGCGAAAACGCCUGGACGAGAUCGCGUCGAUUUCAAAUCCACCAAAAAGGCGCCUAUGACAUCCGCAGCCAAAGAGAAGGAGGCCAAGAAGGUGUUGGAGGAGAUAAAAUCCUCCACAAUCUGGACACAUGUUAUACCUGUAUCCCUGGAUUACAAACACUUAGAGGAGUUAUUUGAGAACAAAGUCACAGAAAUCAAAGUUAUGAAACACGAUACUGCAAACAAAAAGAUUGAGAUUCUGGAUGUGAAGAGAUCUAAUGCGAUCAAUAUUGGAAUGAAGGUUCUUCCACCACUGAGAACUAUCAGUAAUGCUUUGGUUAAAAUGGACUCUUCGGUGAUUAAUCGCGAGGGUAUUGAACAAUUGCUAACAACCAUGCUUCCAACUGAUGAAGAGCGUGAAAAGAUCAUAGCCGCAAAGCGAGAACACGCCGAUAUUCAAUUGGGCAAAGCAGAAGAGUUCCUUCUAACCCUUUCCGAAGUCUCUCAUCUCAAGGCGAGACUCGAACUCUGGCUCUUCAAACUUGAUUACGAGUCCAUGGAGGCUGAUAUCAUUGAACCACUAACUGAUCUCAAGCAGGCGGUGUUCGAUAUUCAAGAAUCACAAACCUUCCUCUGCAUUCUCUCCGUCAUUCUCGCCAUGGGCAAUUUCCUCAAUUCCAGCGAGUCCUGGGGUUUCAAUCCUGACUACCUCGACCGUUUACCAGAGGUUAAGGAUACUAAGCAUAAACACAGCCUUCUACAUCAUGUUUGCUCAACUGUCCUAGAACUGUUUCCUGAAAGCACAGAUUUGCACUCAGAAAUGGGAGCGGUUUGUCGCUGUCAUCGUGUCGACUGGGAAGAGCUUGACAAGAGACUAGAAAAGGUCGAGAAUGAUUGUCGACGAGCAUGGGAACACUACCAGACAAUCUACUGCAACGCCAAUCGCAACUUUAUUGUCAAUAAUAAGUUGGCAGAUUUCAUUGCUGAUGCGGCCGAUCGAAUAAUAGCAAUGAAAAUUAUUAAAAAACGUGUUGUGAAGAGAUAUCGUCAACUCCUAGUCUACUUAGGUUUUCCACCAAAUCGGGCUGACAGCAUGGCAAUCGGUCAUUUCUGUCGAAUUCUGGCCGAAUUCUCCCUGGAGUAUCGAACGACUAGGGAGCGAAUCCUCGAACAAAAUGCCAAAAAGGCCAGCGAUAAGGAGAGAAGGCAGACGAGAGGAAAAUUAAUUGAUGAUGUUCUUAAUAUGGAAGAUACGAGCUCCACAAUUCGUCAUCUUGACGUACCAAAGAUUCGUGCUUCUCCAGCGGUAUCCAAGCAACAGGCUGCAGAUGACAUGGAGCUACGUCAAGUGUUGUCAAGUCGUCGAGAGUCGAGUGAGUCACCCUAUCCAUUCUUACCCAGGCUGGAUCCUGGAUCUCGGCGCUUGAGUAGUAGCUCAAAUAUCAUUUCGAACGCAAAGCGGAAUAAGGAUCGCGGAGCUAGUCCAUGUCUUCCAAGUUCUGUACUGGAAUUGGCUGGAAGAAAAGACAGUCGAGAGGUUCGCGAAGGCAGCGCCCUUCUUGAUGCUUGUGAUCGCGCUUCCUCAUUGGCUCCUGGUGGUGGGACUCUGGGUAGACGCGGUCCUUCCAAGGAACGUAGACGCGUCCAGGAACGCACUCGGCAAGCCAGUAAGCAUUCCUCCCACCUCCCUCUAAUCACUCUACUGUAG